CUCACUCACAACCAAAAACAAACAACACCAUACACCCUCCCAUUUCGUCCCGAAAUGCGCGCUCAAAGGCUCGCCAACCACCGUGGCAUGAAAAGAUUGUGGGUUGUGUGUUGUUUGUGUGUGGGUGUUGAAGCACGAGAGUUGCUCAAGCUGAACAGGAAGGUGAGGGAUCAUCCGGUCCAUCCACAGACAGAUCACGACAGACAUGGCAUCUGUCAGCAUGUCUGGUCGCAUUCAUCCAGACCGGCACGACACAUGCGAAUGAGCCUCUUUGCUCCAUCGAGUAUCGGAUCUGCAUCUGAUCUACCUUGUCGCCGCGUCUGCAUGUCUUGUGUGUGCAGCUCACCAGCUUCGUUGUGUCUGGGCUGAGGACCUCUGGUGGGCCUCUGCGGAUACGCCGCCACUUCAAAAGUAGACCAGGUAUGCCAGCCAGCCAGUGCACAUGACGAAUCGACCGACCGUCGGACAGCGAGCACGACACUCCACUCGCUCACAGCGAGUGGCCCGCCACAUGCACAUGACAUGACGUACUCGCGUGUGGGUGUGUGGUGUGUGGGUGUGUGGUGUGGUGUGCAGGUGCGAGUGUGUCAGGGCGACCCCCUGUCGCAGAUAUGUCGAGGAGCCUGCUCGACUACGGCUUCACUGCCCAAUCGAAAGGUACAUACAUCCACAGCCACCCGUCCGAGUGUUUGGUUUCCCGACCACCAAUUGCUGGUGUGUCGUGUGGUGUCGUGUGGUGCACCCAUAUGCACUCAGGUGGUGGCGCGUCGUCGUCGCAGCAAGCUGGCGACGCAGAUGGACAAGACAAGGCGUCCAAGAAAGGUAAAUCAAGAAGUGGUGCAUACAUACAUGUAACACGACACCACCCCCUGCCGCUCAUGCAAGGCGUUCGUUACGUCAGGUGUGGCGAAGGGUAGCAGUGCAGCGGCGGCGGCAGCGGCGCCACCCAAAGGCAAGAAGCGCGCCAAGCCUCAAGGUCGAAAAUGCUGGGAGGGAGGGAGGGAGGCAGGCAGGCAGGGAGGGAAACACAUAACAAACACCCACUCGCCCAGUGCAGGAAGGACAGGCAGACUGCCUGUCUGUCUGUCUGUCUGUCUGUCUGUCACAAGUAGAGCGCUGGAUGGAUGCAACUGUCUGUCUGUGCAAUGUGUUUGGUGUGUUGUUUGUGUUGAUGCCCAUCCCAUCCCAUCCCUCAGUGUCUGAGGAGGAUGAAGCCGACGUGACCCCCGAGCACAAGGGCAAGGACGACCAGGACAUGGACCAGUCAGAUGACAUGCAGGUGGGGAGGGAGCCAAGUCGAUACACACAGACAUACUGAGCGGGGGAAGUUGUGCACCUCGCAUGGCGGGACCUGAUGGAUGCCGUCCUCUUUAUCCUCCCCAUGUGUGUCCCGUGCGUGUGUAUCAAUCAGGAUGAAGGCGAGGAUGGUGACAUGUUGGCUGGAUCGGGUGGUGUGGCAUGUGUGGUGGCAUCCAUUGUCUAUCUGCAUCCAUCGAUUGCAUAUGCGUGUUUGGUCAGAUGAGGUCGAGGACGACUCGGAACGCGAGGGCGACAACGAAGGUGGGUGGCGGGGCAGGGCUGUGAUGGAUGGAUGCAUGGAUAGAUGGAUGGAACAGCCGACUGUCGUGUGGGUGUGGGUGUGUGUGUGUGUGUGUGCAGAGGUUGAGGAUGCGUCUGAGGAGGACAAGGAGGAGCAAGCAGCCAAACGCAUCAAAGGUAGGCAGGCAGGCAGGCAAGGGAGGGGGAGACAGAUAUAUAUCUAUCUGUCUUGUCUGUCUCCCAUCCAUCCAUCCAUCCAUACAUACAUACAGAAUCCAUCCAUCCAUCCAUCCAUCCAUAUGUAUGUAUGUAUGUAUGUAUACCCUUGUCUGUCCCCCACCGCACGUGCGGUGUGUGCGUCCCUUGAUUGCUUAUUAGUGUCAGGAGAUUCGAAGCAGGGCAAGGCGGUGCUGAAGAAGGCCAAGGCUUCGGCCAAGAAGAAGGGCACCAAGAAGGCAGCGGGUGGCAGCGGGGCGCAGUCAGUCUUCGCCAUCAACGUCACCAAGACACUCGACAAGGACCAGGACGCUGCUGACGCAAAGGACAUCCAAUCUCCCAAAUUCGACCCCUCGCACUUCAAUGUCGACGACUACAAGCACAAAAAGGACGGAAAGGGACUCAAGUAAGGAAACCCACCCACUGGCCAGCGGGGAAGGAAGAGGUGGAAGGAAGUGGAGAGAGGUGGCAGUGAGCGACGGACGCACAGAUGGACAGGCAGACAGACACACGCACAGACAGAGAGACAGAGAGACAGAGAGACAGCACCUCGACGGCGAGUAGAAUGGGAAGGAGAAGAGGCCACAAGAGAAGGGCUCUCGGUCACCUUGGGUUUGGCCACGUUGUAUAAAUCAAUGUGUGUAGGUAUUGUCUGAUAGCCGAAGCCUUCGACAAGAUUGACGCGCUGAAAGGCAGCGGUUCGUCAUCCAAGAAGAUGUCAAACGCCAUACUCACAAACCUAUUCAGGUGAAUGUCAUCAAACAAAUCAAAUCGGGUCGGAACCCUUCGAUCGACAUAAAUGUAGAGUAGACAGCCAGAAAUAUAGGGAGGGAGGGAGGGAGGGAGGGCUCACAAGCUCCGCCUCUGCCAGCACGAAGCAUUGAGUGUAUGACUCAAAUCGGCCGUGUGGUUCUUCUUUGUAUGUGAUUGUCAGGAUCUUCAUAGUGCACUGCCCCGGAGAGCUCAACGAUGCUGUGUACCUCUGCAUGAACAAGUACACACCACCCACUGAAUGAAUGCACCAUCCACCCACCGCUUGUAUCCGCCUGAGCCCGCCAAUUGUCUCUCUGUGUGUGCCAUCCAUCCAUCUACUCACCCCAAUGAUUGAAUCAAGAGUUGCCCCGGACUACGAGGUACGCACGUGCAUUGCAUGCGUCCUGCCGAGCUGCCACCCUCCCUCCCGUAUGGCUGCCACAUCUGUGUGUCAAUAUAUUGUGUGUAUCAGGGGAUCGAGCUGGGUGUUGGUGACUCACUCAUCAUCAAGGCUAUAUCGGAAAUGAGCGGGCGGACAGAAGCACACAUCAAGAAAGGUAUGCCACCACUCGACACGCGCUCUAUCCAUUGAUUGACACACGAGAGCUCUUGUGUGGGCCCAAACGUCUGGGCAUCCCUUUCUGCCUGCCUGCCUGCCUGUGCCGUGUGUCCAGACGCAGAAGCGCUAGCUGAUUUGGGUCAGCUGGCAGUCACGUCCCGCCAGACGCAGCGCAUGCUCUUUCAGCCCGAACCCCUCGCCGUCCGCAAAGUGCUCGAGAGCUUCCGGGCCAUCGCCAAAAUCAGCGGAAACGAUGCCCAAAAGCGAAAGAAGGACAAGGUAGGUAGGGCAGCUGAGCUGGGUGGGUGGGCCUCCUGAAGCCACAUACACGUGGUUGUCACACAUGUGUGUUUGCGUCUGUGUGUACAUGUGGGUGUCAGGUCAAAGGUUUGCUGGUAGCUUCGAAGGGCAGCGAAGCCAAGUAUAUCGUCCGCCACCUUCAAGGCAGGCUCCGGAUUGGCGUUCAAGCCGCAUCCAUCUUCUCGGUAUGUCUGACAUCAACCAAACCCACACGACACAACACAACACAGUCACUCACAACGCAGUGGGUGCGUAUGUCGUCUGUCUGUUACUUAUGCGCACAUCCAUCUAUCCGUCCGUCCGUCCGUCCAUGUGUGUAUUGCAGUGUCUCGGCCAGGCCUUCGCCCUGACAUGCCCAGCUGUGUCAGACGAGGACGCUGUGGGCGAUGUCCGACGCAAGAGCCGCACGGACACCAAGGUGAGAGAGACGUUGUGUCUGUCUGCGUGUAGCGCGGCCAUUCAUUCCGUGGUCGAUGUCUGUGUCUAUCGCCCACAGGAGCUGAACCAGCGGCUGACGGCCUAUGACGAUGCGGUCCGAGCAGCAGCGUGCGAGUGCCCAAACAUAGACAUCAUCGUCGAUCACCUGAUCCAAGGUAUGUACGUACGUACGUACGUACGCAGGCGUUGACAAAUUCUCAACACACACUCUGUGCGUGGAUCUACCGGGCUGCACAACAGGGACGGACGCGAGCGAGCUGCCCGACAAGUGCCAAGUCCAGCCAGGCCUCCCCGUCAAACCAAUGCUGGCCAAACCCACGAAAGGUGCAAGCGCACUUGUGCCACUGGCCUCCGGUAACUCACACUCGAUAGGUAACGAUUGCUCCUGCCUGUCUCAGGCAUAUCUGAGGUGCUGGAUCGUUUCUCGGAGUGCAAUUUCACGUGCGAAUACAAGUACGACGGAGAGCGGCUGCAGGUGCAUGUGGUUGACAGAGGAAAUGACCUACCGGAUAUCAGGUGCAAGUGACAGCUUUCGUUGACAAAGGCGCCGGCGGAAAGGCUUCUUUCUUUCGACAGGUUCUUCUCUCGGAGCUCGGAGGACCUCACCACCAAGUACCCGGAUGUAAGCACUCGUGCUGCCGUGAAGCCCCAUCAACCCUCUAUGCACAUUCCACCUCCUGCGUGCAGGUCGAGUCCGCUGUUCGCGAACUGCUGAAAGAGGUACGGAUGGGUACGGAUGGUGCGAGAGGUCGCAUACAGCGGCAGUCUCGCAGUCUCUCAUCUGUGGCUGCAUCCCGCAGGAGACGAAGUGUUGCAUACUGGACUGCGAGGUGACAUGUCGGACACAUGCGAAAGGCUGGAAUGAGGGACGGCGACACGAGAGUUUGCAUGCCCCGUGUGUAUAAGGUUACCGCGUUUGAUGUCGAAUCGAAGACCAUCCUGCCAUUUCAGCAUCUCGCCACCCGCAAGCGCAAGGAUGUGAAUGAAGAGGUGAGGUCAGGGUGUGAAUCAGGACGUAGAUGGCUGUCUCCUCAUCUCCCAUCUACCCCCCACAGAACAUCACAGUCAAGACCAAGAUUCACCCAUUUGACUGUAUCUACUACAACGGGCAAUCUCUGGUCCGGCAUCAAUUCAAAGAAAGGUGAGGACACAAGAGGGGUGGUGCUCAGCCUUGCGGUGGCUGCGUGUCGUGCAGGCGCGAGUGCAUGUGGAAGUGUCUCACUGAAGACCCUAACAGAGCGGAAUACGCAAAGUAAACAAGGGCCUUGAACACCGAGGCCCACUCGGUAGUGAUGUGCAUGUGUCCACUUUUGGGUGUGCAUCCUGUCAUCAGGUUCAAAGACCUUGAUUCAAUGGAGGAUGUUCAAGCCUUCCUCGACGAAGCAGUCCGAAGUGAGCCGCGUCUCUGCACUCUCUUCCUUCGUGCCCGGACGGCGUGGCCUCUAUGAAUUGUGUCUUCGCCUGUACUCCCAGACCACUGUGAAGGAUUGAUGGUGAAGUCACUGGAUGAUCAUGCGACAUAUGAGCCCUCAAAGCGAUCCCUCAAUUGGCUGAAGAUCAAAAAAGACUACAUAGAGGUGGGUUGAACGAUACUUCACGUUACCACAUGGUGGUUCUCUCUCCAUCGGCCUUUUCCCUGAUCCAGGGGAUGACGGACUCGAUCGACGUUAUCCCUAUUGGGGCCUUCCACGGGAAAGGCAAACGACAGGUACGUUAUUCAUCGGGCCAUCCCGACCUUCUGGGUAUCCCCUGCCAUCUUUCUCGCAGGGAGUGUUUGGAGCCUACCUUCUCGGUAACCCGCAGACUGCCGAUGUCGAACAGCAUCAAUGUGUCUCUAUGUGUGUGGUUCAGCCGUGUACGAUGCACAAGGCGAUCAAUACGAGACCAUAUGCAAAGCAGGGACUGGCUUCUCUGACGAGGCCCUCGAGAAGCAUUCGCAAACGCUGAAAGAGCACAUCGUCGACCAGAAACCCACAUACUACAAGGUCAGCCAAUCAAUAGACGCAUCUGUGCAUUAUGUGCCUUGUCCAAAUUGGAUUCAGGUGACGGACAAGCAGCCGUGCGACGUGUGGUUCAAACCUGUGGAGGUAACCGCACCCGACGACUACAAUGCAAAUGUAGCAUGCGACAGUUGAAUGCGGCAGGUAUGGGAGAUCAAAGGAGCCGAUAUGACCCUCUCGACGGCCCACACAGCUGCCUCGGAACUGAGAAGCGACUCAAAGGUGAAUGAACGAGCAAACAUCUCGUCCAGUUCAUACCGCCUAUGACAGGGGAUUGGGCUCCGGUUUCCUCGCUUUCUCCGAAUCCGAGACGACAAGAAUCCGGAUGACGCAACAACUUCCGAACAGGUGAGGCAGAAGCUUCUGCACCAUUACGGACAACCAAUUCUUCCGCUUCUUCCGUUAAAGAUCCUCGAACUUUACGACGCCCAGUUCACCAAGAAGAAGAAAGAGUGAUCAUAAUUGUAGUGUUGUG